GCCGGCUCGGUGAUUUCCGCAAGUAGUAGAGCGAGGAAGGUUCUUGUUGCUCCUCGUUGUUCCUCGUGGCCAAUUCCAUCUUAGCCAUUGUUGUCGAUUAUCCUUUGUAACUGAUUUAGAACAACGACGGUGGUGGUGCACGCGGUUUCUCGUGGUUCAGCGAGAGCGGCUACAGCGACAUCAUCAAGAGCAAGCCGGCGAAUCAGUUCGAGCUAAAUCUGCUAAAUGGCACGGCGCAGGCAAGCGAAGCAGGCGGCGGCGGAAAGUGUCGUGGCUGCCGCUGACGGCAGUGUAACUCCACCGAAGAAGAGGAAAACAGCUGCAAAAUCAACGACCGCGGACGAACCGAAGCAGACCAAGAGUAGAAGCCGGCAAGCAAAGGCAACUAAGCAAGACAACGAGGUGGUUAGCGAGCCGGCGAGUUCGCCAAAGAAGUCACGCAGUAGACAGAGAAAUGCCGCCGAUACUAUUACUGCCACGACUACCGCGAAAACCGCUACGAAAAGUAAAUCUAAGAAGCAAACCAACAAGGAACCUGAGGAAACAACAGUAGAGAGCAACAAUGAGGAGGUGGUAGAGAAAAAAACUCGCAGCGUCAAGGCUACAGCAGUGGUGAAAAAGGCGGGAAAGAAGGUGAAUGAAACAAAGCCAAAGGCUAAGGUCCCAAUUGUCAAGAAGCAAACUAGGAUCAAGGAUGCAGAAAAUAAUCCUGUUCAGAGGCCUCGUCGCGCGAAAAUGGUUGAAGAAAACGAUGCGCCAGCACAGCCCAUUGCAAAGGUAUCUAGGAAACGUAAAAAUAUGGAGGAUGCAAAUGAAGCUGUUGCAGAGGUACAGACUAUCAAGGUGAACGAGGAGGAAGUAGAGCAGAAUGAAGCAAAGGCCAGUAAAAAACGCGGGAGACAGAAGAAAAUGGAAACUUCUGAUGCACCUAUUGUGACCUCUAAAGGAAGAUCUAGGAAGAAUCUUGUAGAAGAAAUUGUUAAAUCACCACCAAAGAAAACAGAAAGAAAAAAACAAAAUAGCAAGGAACAAAAUGCAGCGAUACAGAAAGAUAAUCCAAAAAUAAAAAAUGUGAAAAAUGCAAAAAAAGGGAAGACACAAAAAGCUGCUUCCAAAAAAAAACUUAAUGCUGUGGUAGAAGAGACCAAUGACGAUCAGGCAGAAGAAUUGAAUGAGGCAGAAGCGGUAACGUCUGAAGUGGAUGUCAAAGAAAAUGGAGAAGCACAUAUGGCAGAACCUAAACAAAAGAAGAGAAAUGUAGGGAAAGCAACUGUAGCAGUGAACGGAAAGCAAAACGGCAAUGAAGCCAAAGGAAAACAGAAAAAAGCACAAGUAGUUGCUGCAUCUGUUGAUGAGGAAGAAGCAACACAGGAUGUAACUGUAGAGAAUGAAGUUAUUAAAACAAAUGUAAUAUCAGAAAUUGAUGAAAAUGAUACAAUUGUUUCCUCGAGUAAAGAUGAAAUUUUAGUGAACGAAAAAGAAAAAGAUGUCAGUGAUGCAAAUUCGAUAAAAGAAGAGCCUAUCACAGAAAUAUCAAAUAAUGAAAGGGCAGCAAGUUUUGUAUCCGUUUAAAAAAUACUAUUAAAAAAUUAGAUGGUAAGUUGAAAGACGGAAGAUAUCAAUAUUUUAUAUUUGACUAAUAGAAACGCAUAUGAAGAACUGCGGUUAUAUGGGGAAGGAAAGAGGAGAAGGGUACAAUCUGAUAUUUUAAUGUAUUUAUCGAAAUAUUUGCAGAGUAAAUAAGGUGUUGGGUCUUAAGUCUUUGAUCCUUCACUGUAGUUAUGACUUAACUUCAGUCAUCGGAUCCUAUCAAUCCUACGAAUCUUAAUGUUCUAAAAAGGAUAUUUAUUUUUUUUUUGUAAAGAAAGAGAUAAAGGAAUAUAUGAAUAUAUACACUAUAACGAAAGUUUCACACCAUCGUUAGUAUUAUUAUAUAAGAGCUUGUAAUAGAGCGUGAUGAAAAUGUUACCGGAAAAUGUUUCUAACAAAACAUAUUUUUUUAAAGAUAUCUUUUAUCGAGAUUGUGUAAUAUUGAAUUUUCAGCUGUGUAUCAAUAACAUGUAGUGCCAUAAGAAAGUUUGAUAGGAUUUAUG